AUGCCUCCCCGGCCAUCCUCAGGAGAAUUAUGGGGGAUGCACUUGAUGCCACCCAGCAUCAAAGUAGACUGCCUCCUGCCGAAUGGCAUGAUCCUCACGUUGGAGUGCCUCCGUGAGGCCACGCUGAUCACAGUGAAGCACGAGCUUUUCAAAGAAGCCCGGAAAUAUCCUCUUUACCAUCUACUGCAAGAGGAGAGCUCCUACAUUUUUGUCAGUGUCACCCAAGAGGCAGAACUAGAGGAGUUUUAUGAUGAAACCAGGAGGUUAUGUGACCUCAGACUCUUCCAGGCUUUUCUCAAAGUCAUUGAGCCUGUAGGCAACAGAGAAGAAAAGAUUCUCAAUCGAGAAAUAGGUUUUGCUAUUGGGAUGCCCAUAUGUGAGUUUGAUUUGGUUAAAGAUCCCGAAGUGCAGGACUUUAGACGGAAUAUUUUGAAUGUUUGCAAAGAGGCAGUGGACCUUAGAGAUUGUAACGGACCCCACAGUAGAGCGUUGUAUGUCUAUCCUCCCAAUGUGGAAUCCUCAGCAGAACUGCCCAGGCACAUCUACAACAAACUAGAUAAAGGUCAAAUAAUUGUGGUAAUAUGGGUUAUUGUGUCACCCAGCAAUGAUAAGCAAAAGUACACUUUGAAGAUCAACCAUGAUUGCGUGCCGGAACAGGUUAUCGCUGAGGCCAUUCGCAAGAAGACGCGCAGUAUGCUGCUCUCCCAGGAGCAGUUAAAGAUGUGUGUGCAGGAGUAUCAAGGGAAAUACAUCCUCAAAGUCUGUGGUUGUGAUGAGUACUUACUGGAGAAAUACCCCCUGAGUCAGUACAAGUAUGUGCGCAGCUGCAUCAUGUUGGGGCGAAUGCCCAACUUGAUGCUGAUGGCAAAAGACAGUCUAUAUUCCCAACUGCCAAUGGACAAUUUCACCAUGCCAUCGUACGCGCGACGAAUAUCCACAGCAACACCUUACAUGAAUGGGGAAACAUCCACAAAGUCACUAUGGACUAUCAACGGAGCACUAAGGAUUCGGGUGCUGUGCGCUACUUACGUCAAUGUCAAUAUUAGAGACAUAGACAAGAUCUACGUCAGGACUGGCAUAUACCAUGGUGGAGAGCAGCUGUGCGACAAUGUCAACACUCAGCGCGUGCCUUGUUCAAAUCCCAGGUGGAAUGAAUGGCUCAACUACGACAUGUACAUUCCAGACAUCCCGCGCGCUGCUCGUCUUUGCCUCUCCAUUUGUUCUGUUAAAGGGAGGAAGGGAGCAAAAGAGGAGCACUGUCCUCUGGCCUGGGGCAACAUUAACCUGUUUGACUACACCCACACACUCGUAGCAGGGAAGAUGGCGCUCAACCUCUGGCCCGUCCCACAUGGCUUGGAGGAUUUGCUCAACCCCAUCGGCGUCUCUGGCUCAAACCCCAACAAGGAAACCCCUUGUCUGGAGUUGGAGUUUGACCAUUUUAGCUCACCAGUGACGUUCCCUGAUUUGACCACCAUUGAGGACCAUGCAAACUGGAAUAUAUCCAGAGAGCUUGGCUUUAAUUACUGCCCCACGGGUUUGAGCAAUAGAGUGGCCCGAGACAACCCCUUCACAGACAUUGACAAUGAGCAGCUUCGCCAAGUGUGUAACCGGGACCCGUUGUCUGAGAUCACUGAGCAGGAGAAAGACUUUUUGUGGAGGCACAGACAUUACUGUGUCAACAUGCCCGACAUCCUUCCCAAGAUCCUCCUUGCUGUGAAAUGGAACUCCAGAGAUGAGGUUGCACAAAUGUAUUGCCUUCUGAAGAAUUGGCCUGCUAUCAAGCCGGAACAAGCCAUGGAGUUGCUGGAUUGCAACUUUCCCGAUCCCAUGAUCAGAAAUUUUGCUGUAAAGUGCCUUGAGAAGUAUUUAACUGAUGACAAACUGUCACAGUACCUUAUUCAACUGGUUCAGGUUCUAAAGUAUGAGCAGUACCUUGAUAAUCCACUCGGCCGUUUCCUGCUAAAAAAGGCAUUAACCAAUCAGAGGAUAGGACAUUUUUUCUUUUGGCAUCUAAAAUCAGAAAUGCACAACAAGACAGUGAGCCAGAGGUUUGGACUCCUGCUGGAGUCGUACUGCAGAGCCUGCGGCAUGUACCUGAAGCAUCUGAGCCGGCAGGUGGAGGCCAUGGAGAAACUCAUCAAUCUCACUGACCUCCUCAAACAAGAGAAAAAGGAUGAGGCACAGAAGGUUCAAAUGAAGUUUCUGGUGGAGCAGAUGAGGAGGCCAGACUAUAUGGAUGCACUGCAGAGCUUCACCUCCCCACUCAAUCCAGCACAUCAGCUGGGAAACCUCCGUCUGGAAGAAUGUCGGAUGAUGUCAUCUGCCAAGCGACCUCUGUGGCUUAAUUGGGAAAACCCAGAUAUGAUGUCAGAGCUCCUGUUUCAGAACAACGAAAUCAUCUUCAAAAAUGGAGAUGAUUUGAGGCAGGACAUGCUGACGCUGCAGAUCAUUAGGAUAAUGGAGAACAUCUGGCAGAACCAAGGCCUUGAUCUCAGGAUGCUCCCCUACGGUUGUCUGUCCAUCGGUGACUGUGUCGGGUUGAUUGAGGUGGUGAGGAAUUCUCACACCAUCAUGCAGAUCCAAUGUAAAGGAGGCCUAAAGGGGGCGCUGCAGUUCAACAGCCACACGCUGCACCAGUGGCUUAAAGAUAAGAACAAGGGCGAGAUGUAUGACCAAGCCGUAGAUUUGUUCACACGCUCGUGUGCAGGCUAUUGUGUCGCCACAUUUAUCCUGGGCAUAGGAGAUAGACACAAUAGCAACAUCAUGGUCAAAGAUGAUGGACAGCUGUUCCACAUAGAUUUUGGUCAUUUCCUUGACCACAAAAAGAAGAAAUUUGGAUACAAGAGAGAGCGUGUGCCCUUUGUUCUGACACAAGACUUCUUGAUCGUCAUAAGCAAAGGAACACAGGAGUGCACCAAGACAAGAGAGUUUGAAAGAUUCCAGGAGAUGUGCUACAAGGCCUACCUGGCAAUCCGACAGCACGCCAACCUCUUCAUCAACCUCUUCUCCAUGAUGCUGGGCUCAGGGAUGCCUGAGUUACAGUCAUUCGACGACAUCGCUUACAUCCGGAAGACCUUGGCCCUGGACAAGACGGAGCAGGAGGCUCUCGACUAUUUCAUGAAGCAGAUGAAUGACGCUCAUCACGGCGGCUGGACUACUAAAAUGGACUGGAUCUUCCACACCAUCCGCCAACACGCCAUGAACUGAAAUGGAAAGCAAAGUAGCGGAGUGAAGCGAAACUAUGACGUGAAUCAGCUGCGCACUGAGAACCAAAAAUGCAGUAGCAGCAAUGAAUUGCCACACUAAAACCUGGUUUGUCUCUUGCCAGCAUGCGACUCUGAACCAUUACCUGCCAGCGCAGUAUGAACAGGGGUGCUAAGAAGAGCCUUUAUCAGGGACACUAAAUGUUUUCAUGCCCUUAUGAUUUUCUUUUUGGUGGCUGCACGAUAUGAACUUCAGAGUUGUAUUUCAUCAGUUCCCUCCAUAGGAACUAAAACCGUUUAAUGGACCUUGGGCACAUUUGGCCGUCUUCUUAAGAACUAACGAGAGACACUUUAUUUUCUACUCUCUCUUUUUUUUUUUUUUUUUAAUAUAACCAUCGGAAGACAUCAGCAUUACGAGGAACAUCACUAUGAAUUUGUGCAAUCGCAAGCACAGCAGGCUUUUUUCUUUUGUUUAUUUCUAUAUCUCAGACAGCUGACAGGAAUCACACUACAUGAGUUUCACUACCUUUAUUUAAAAACUAUGAAUGAUAGAGAAAGUGGAGACGGUAUUGCUGCAUGUGGGAGAAAGAAAAGGCCUUUGGAAAAGUCUGUCCAGAUUACUCAUGAAAAUCCUGAAAAGGAACUUGCAAUAUUCAGAGUAGAGAUGGAAAGCUGUUUGCAUGGAUUCAAUUCAGCACGCUCUUGGCCCUCACAAGUAUGACAAUUCUGAACACUAAAAAAAUAACGACUCACUAGUAAAAUGUCUCCUCUACUUCCUCCCACUGACAUUUCUGCACAAUAGCAGGUCUACUUUGGUAAGGCUAAACUAUGUACUCCUUGCACUAGUACCUCUAGUGACGAUAUAAGAAAACUGUGAAACUCAUGGAGUUGUCGUACAAGUGAGGACAAAGCCCUCACUAAUACAGCAAACGUAAUUUGGUUUCCAUAAGGCCGUUUUUAAAUGUAUUUAUUCUGUAUCCUUGAUAUCAAGCCUAAUGUCCAUUUACUACUUGGACGGUCUUUGGCCUCAUAAAAAGAAUAUCAGCACAUGAAUAGAAUGCCUGUCUCAAUGG